CUAAUGUGACCAAUAAUGUCUUGGAAAAGAAAUUACUUUUCAGGAAGCCUUGGUAGUGUUCAAGGGAUGUUUGCACCUCGAAGCUCGAUGUCUAUUGCCCCCAGCAAAGGCCUCAGCAAUGAGCCGGGCCAGAACAGCUGCUUCCUUAACAGUGCCCUGCAGGUUUUGUGGCACUUGGACAUCUUCCGCCGUAGCUUUCGGCAGCUUACAACUCACAAGUGCAUGGGCGACUCCUGCAUUUUCUGUGCUCUCAAGGGCAUUUUUAACCAGUUUCAGUGUAGCAGUGAGAAAGUGCUUCCUUCUGACACUCUCCGAAGUGCUCUGGCAAAGACUUUUCAGGAUGAGCAACGCUUCCAGCUGGGAAUUAUGGAUGAUGCUGCAGAGUGCUUUGAAGGUUUCUGUGUCCAUUUGGCUUUUAAGGGUAUUGCUUUUGUAUUUUUCCUGUCAGGAAAACCUCCUGAUGAGAAUUCAUUUCCACAUUGCGGAUGAAACCAAAGAGGACAUAUGUACCGCUCCACACUGCAUUUCUCACCAGAAAUUUGCAAUGACAUUGUUUGAGCAGUGUGUGUGUACUAGCUGUGGUGCUACUUCUGAUCCCCUGCCUUUCAUCCAGAUGGUGCACUACAUCUCUACUACUUCCCUGUGUAACCAGGCUAUUUGUAUGCUGGAAAAACGAGAAAAACCUUCUCCAAGUAUGUUUGGUGAACUGCUUCAGAAUGCCAGCACCAUGGGGGACCUUCGGAACUGUCCAAGUAACUGUGGGGAGAGGAUCCGGAUCCGUCGUGUAUUGAUGAACGCACCACAGAUUAUCACAAUUGGAUUGGUUUGGGACUCAGACCAUUCAGACUUGGCAGAGGAUGUCAUUCACAGUCUGGGUACCUGCCUUAAGCUGGGUGAUCUGUUUUUCAGAGUGACAGAUGAACGGGCCAAACAGUCUGAACUAUACUUAGUAGGAAUGAUCUGUUACUAUGGCAAACAUUAUUCUACAUUCUUUUUUCAAACAAAGAUCCGAAAAUGGAUGUAUUUUGAUGAUGCUCAUGUCAAAGAGAUUGGUCCAAAAUGGAAGGAUGUGGUAACCAAAUGCAUCAAAGGGCAUUAUCAGCCCUUGCUGCUGCUUUAUGCAGAUCCCCAGGGUACCCCAGUGUCUAUCCAGGACCUGCCUCCCCAAGCUCAGUUCCUGUCAUACACGAAGACAUGCUACGAUAGUGAAGAUUCAGGAAGGGAGCCUUCCAUCUCAAGUGACACUCGAACAGAUUCCUCAACGGAGAGCUAUCCCUACAAACAUUCUCACCAUGAGUCUGUGGUCAGUCACUUCUCUUCUGAUUCUCAGGGGACAGUCAUCUAUAAUGUGGAGAAUGAUUCCAUGUCUCAGAGCAGUCGAGACACAGGGCACCUGACUGAUAGUGAAUGUAAUCAGAAGCACACAUCGAAGAAAGGGUCCCUGGUAGAACGCAAGAGGAACUCUGGCCGUGUUAGGAGGAAAGGUGAUGAGUCACAGGCCUCAGGGUACCACAGUGAAGGCAAGCCAUUGAAAGAGAAGCAGGCUCCUAGGAAUGCUUCCAAAUCCAGCAGUACCAGCAGGCUAAAGGAUUUCAAAGAGACAGUCAGCAAUAUUAUCCAUAGCAGGCCUUCUUUGGCUUCUCAGACCAAUGCAGGAUCUCCCUGUGCAGGCAGGACAGGAGGCCUGCAGGACAAGACACCACCAAGGAAUUUGCCUUUACACUCUCGGGACUGGGAAACUGAGAGUACUAGUAGUGAGGCAAAAUACAGUUCUUCCAGCAAGUACCGUCCAACAUGGAGACCCAAACGAGAGUCACUGAAUAUUGACAGCAUUUUUAGUAAGGACAAAAGGAAGCAUUAUGGCUACACUCAGCUUAGGACCUUUUCUGAAGAUUCAGCUAAAGAAUUUACACCAGAUGAAAUAAGCAAGCCAUCUUCUUAUGACAUUAAAGCUGGUGGACCAAGCUCACAGCAUAAACCCUGGGGCCCAGCCCGGCCAGGAGCUCAUCUUUUAGAGCAGCAUCCACGCCUAAUCCAGCGGAUGGAAUCUGGUUAUGAGAGUAGUGAGAGGAACAGCAGCAGCCCUGUCAGCUUGGAUGCAGCCCCUCCUGAGAGCUUGAAUGUCUACAGGGAUCAAAGCACAAAGAGACCAGGGUUUGUCCCUUCUUGGCAUCAUAUCCCGAAGUCUCACAGCAGUAGCAUCCUGGAGGUAGACUCCACAGCAUCCAUGACUGGCUGGACAAAGACUCAGCCUCUCUCAGGUGGGGAGAUCACCUCUAAAAGUGAACUGGAUGAACUACAAGAAGAAGUGGCCAGGCGGGCCCAGGAACAGGAACUCCGAAAGAAACGGGAGAAGGAAUUAGAGGCUGCUAAAGGAUUUAACCCUCAUCCCAGUAGAUACAUGGACUUGGAUGAACUACAGAACCAGGGGAGGUGUGACGGCUUUGAAAGGUCCUUACAAGAGGCAAAUUCAGUAUUUGAAGAGUCACUGCAUCUGGAACAAAAGGGAAACUGUACUGCAGCUUUGGCUCUCUGUAACGAAGCUAUCUCUAAACUAAGACUUACCCUGCAUGGUGCCAGCUCUAGCACGCACAGCAGAGCCCUAGUCGAUAAGAAGUUGCAAAUCAGUAUUCGAAAAGCACGAAGCCUGCAGGAUCGCAUGCAGCAGCAAGCAUCAUCGCAGCAGCCGGUGCAGCCCUCAGCCUCUCUCCCACCACAGGGGGGCGCCCUCCCUCAGCUGACAAGUGAGCAGCCUAUACCGCUCCAAGUAUUGUUAAGCCAGGAGGCACAGCUGGAAUCCUGCAAGGAUACAGAGUUUGGGGCCAGUUCUUCUUUCUUCCACUCACCUGCUUCCUGCCAUGAGUCACACUCAUCACUCACCUCAGAGUCACCUGUUUUAUAUGGUUCACAACACAAUUCCCCUAGCAGAUCUCUGAAGCUUCUGACAUCAUUUGAAGUGGACAGAAUUAAUCCCUCUGUAUUCCACAGGCAGGAUUUACCUAAAACAACAGGUAGAGUUGAGAUGAAUUCUCAGUAUGAAUGUCUGCCAUUGGAUGCCCUUAAAGAUAAGUUACAAGUACACAGGGAGGAAAAUAGCACCUGCAGCAUGUUCCCACCACAGGAAGGAAGGGACAUAGUUCAAGAUCUGCUGUUCGAAGAAAAGAACAAUCCUGUUGACAUAUCCAUGGUGAUGCCUUGGUCACAUUCAACAGAAGCCACUUCUGAGAAAGUUAUACAUAGCCUAAAUAGUCCUUCAGGUUCAUCAGCUCAGCCUAGUGUUCCUCCUUACAGGGCCCAGCACCCCAUAAUGUCUACUGCUACUUCACUUGAGCUCCAUGCUACUGAUCCCAUGCAGAAACGUAACCAACAUCUUCAAACCCAAAGACUCCAAACUUCAUUGACUUCAAAAGUGGUCAGAGGCAGUGAGGAGCCUUAUAGGCCAGAGUUCCCCAGUACAAAAGGACUUGUCCGUUCAUUGGCAGAGCAGUUCCAGAAGAUGCAGAAUACCUCCAUGAGCGAUGUUACAGGUUCCCAGGAUCGAAAUUUGCCAAAUGGUCUAAGGAAGAACUCUUCUUCUGACUUUAUACCUCCAUUACUCCAGGGUUCAGGGAAAGACCAUUGUUGCUGGGUAAAACCGCAACCGUCAAUAGAUGGCAGGGAAAGACUGCCCUCUUGGGAAGGUCCUGCUGAUAAUCCUCUUGCUGUGGACUCUGGGCUUCCCAAUGGGAAAACCACUGGAAGAGGACAGCCCAGGUUGGCUGAGCCAAAUAUAUACCAAGGAAAGCUACCCCAAGUGACAGAGACUAGGCCUCAGGAGCUGCAUAGCAGAGUCAACUUGGGAACAUCUUUGCCUUUGGAUUCCUGGGUAAAUGUCACAAGGCUCUGUGAUUCUCAGGUUACACACAGGGGCCCUGGGCCGGGAGUCAAGUCCUCCUCCCAUGACUCCCAUAAAUGUGUAACCUAUCCAGAAAGAAAUCACAUCCUUUUGCAUCCACACUGGAACCAAGACACAGAGCAGGAGACCUCUGAAUUGGAGUCACUCUACCAAGCCAGUCUUCAGGCCUCUCCAACUGGCUGUUCUGAAUGGAGGUCACAGAAUGUGGCUUGGCAGCCACUUAACCAAACAGACUUUGCAGAUGGCAUGGGGAGGAGACUGCACUCAGCCCCUGGUCUUGAUCUCUCAAAGACUCCAACAGCAGAGAUGGAGCAUUUUCUUCAUGGACCGAGCACAGCGCCUGUCUCUCAGGAUUCAUCAAAUGUGAGGAGAAAGACUUUGGAAACCCGGCACCAUUGUUCGAGCUCCUCCUCCCUCCCUGUCAUCCAUGACCCUCCUGUAUUGCUCCUUGAUCCUAAACUCUACCCUCCCCAACCACAGUUCCUGCCCCUUGAUGUUCUGAUGCCCAGCAUGGCAGGGGAGCCCUAUAGACCCCCAGGAACUUCGAGACAUGUCCAACAGUUUCUGGCUAUGUGUGACAGGGAUGAAACUCCCCAAGGGGUCAAGUACACAGGAAGGACUUUGAACUACCGAAGUCUACCCCAUCGUUCCAGAAUUGAUGCUUCCUGGGGACUGGGGUCAGAGAUGAAUCAGCAUGUUGGGACCAGAGCCCUAACUAAGUCAGCAUGCAAGACUCAGCUAACCUACACUGCCACGCUACCAGAACAAAGCCAGGGCCUUCAGGCUCCUCAUGCCCAGUCCUCCGGGAGUAUUUUCCAUUCACCCUCCCAUCCUCCUGCUGUUUACCCAGUGUCCCCACCGCCCAGCAGUCUUCAUUUACUCCUUGGGUCCGCUUGGAAUUCAGGUCCUGUUCUGGGGUCCCGAACACCUGGCCCUCGAAGAAUAGAUAUGCCUCCAGAUGAUGACUGGAGACAGGGCAGGUAUCCCUCCCAGUUCAGGCAUAGGAGGACUGGAGAGGAGAGAAUUAUGUUUAUUCUAUCCAAUGCCCCUGGAGGAGAUUUUUACAGCACAGUAGGUGGUAAGGAUCACCCCUAGCCUUUCCUGGAGCAACACCUUUCUCUAUGAAACUACAGUGGCAAAGUUGAUACCUUGCAUCCUGCCAGUUAUGCUAUAAUCAUCUCAAUGUAGAAUUGGCAGUUUCUGUCCACAUGCCUAUAAUCACUGCAAUUGGGAGAUAGAGGCAGGAGAAUCAGCAGUUCCAAGCCAGAGACUCUGGGCUAAAAGAGACUGUGCUUUACAAAACAGAAUCACCACAACAGAAGAAUUGUUGGCUUUUUACUAAGGGUGUUUGCUUCUUUGAGAGGGAAUAUUUGAAAUUCCAGCUUUAGAGCUGGGACUGUAGCUCAGUUGGUAGAGUGUUUUCCUAACAUGCAGAAAGUCUAGGGUUAGAUCCUUAGCACCAUGUAAAACUGGGCAUGGUGGUGCACACCUGUAACCCUAACAAUUGAGAGGGAGGCAGGCAGGAGGAUCAGAAGUUCAGUUCAGGUUCAUCCUUGGCUACAUAGUGAGUUCUAGGCUAGUCUGGUCUGGGCCAUAUUAAAUCCUAUGGGGCAAAAAAAAAAAAAAAAAAAAAAAAAAAGAAAAGAAAACUUACACUUUGGUUUCUCUGUCAAAAGCAGCUGAUGCUUAGAGCUUUAUUUGAGCCACUUCAAAGUUGAACCUAUUUUAUUGCUCUGUGCUCUGGACAUUGUUUUAUUCUUUGUUACUGUUAUGCUCCAUCUCCAGCUGAGCCUUCAUCUUUUGGUUCCUACUAUAUUCUCUACUUUGACUACUUAGUUAUUAUCUGGACUCUUCCUUAUCUCUGUAGUCAUGAUUCUGACCAAAUCCUUAUGGGAAGCCCAACUGCCAGGUAUUAUGGCUGUCACCCUUCCUUGUGACUCAGCCUUUAGGCCCAGAACAUGGAGCUGCCAAUAUAGUAUUUGCCCUUCUGAACAGAUGGAGUUGGGCUCACUAACACACCCUCCUAUCCUCAGCAGCAGAGCCAUUACUAUCAUUUGCUCAGUCACUGUUAUAAAUUCAGAGUCAGCUAAACUAUUUUAGGGCAAAGCAUACUGUUUUUGUAAAGUAUUUUUCAUUAAUAAAUCUAUAAGAUAGUUCUAUUUAA